AUGCCCGAAUUGCCCUGGGAGAUCAUCAGUUACAUCGUCUCCUUACUCGACAGGCACACGCUCACACAAGCAGCGCUCAUCAACAACGAGUGGAACGCAGCAAGCAACCCUCGUCUCUGGAGUAACCUGAGGUCAUCCGCCCUCGAAGACAACCUCAUCCUCCAAGGGCCCUUCAAGCAGGGCCUGGACCGCAAUAAGCGCCAUAUUCGAAAUGUCAGUUGCGUCUGGGGCGCCUCUCUGCUUCUCUCCUUGCUCUCGGGCGUCCUUCCCGACCUCGACCUUUCCAUCUUAUCAUGCAAGCCAGGACUAUACGCAUCCGUCGGCGACGUGAACCCGCUUUUCUUGAUCCUGGAGUCGAGUCCUCGCUUACGAACACUACGCCUGAGCACCUUACCUUCACCAAUUGAGAAUGCGGAAAGGCUUUUGUUGACGAUUGCCCGGUGUCUUCCACUGCUAUCGACGCUGGACUUGUUUGCUGACGCCCUCGUGUUUGUGCCGCCCAUUGUCGUGCGCAAGUUUCUGGAAACUUGUUCGCAAGAACUGGAGAUCCUGUCGCUCAACAUCACCUUUUGCCAACUUAGUUUCAACGACGAGGAGGCGAGGAUGUUGAAGGAGCCUGUUCCUGGAAGCAAAGCCCAUCCCAACCUCAAGUCAUUCACCCUUGCAAUCCAACACAACGUUCGCCAGAGUGAACUGGUGGAGGCGCUCGUUCUGGAAGGCUUUUUGAGUUCUUGCCCCGGGUUGGAGACAGUUUUUGAUUGUGCAUCAGUCAGUUUGCCACGGCGGUCAUGGAUGGUCGACAACCUUAUCAUUUUCAACACUGUUCGCGGAGUUUUGGGCGACUAUCACUUCACUCGACUUGUUGUUAACUCAUCAUCGCCACAUCUGCAUGGCGACGCACUGCUGGCGGCGGAGGUGUCGCGCUACAAUGUGCCUCAAGGCGGGAGACAGGUUGCUUACAGGAAUAUUCACAUCGGUGUCAGUUGUUAUCCAUCGAUGGAGCUAACCAGUCAAGCACUUACGAGCGCCAGCAAGCGAGGGCUACAGGGGCUAUACAUUGCCGACGGCAGGAAGUUUGCGAGCAAUGACAUCCAAUCGUUCCUCCACCACGGCCGAAGCUUGCGAUCGCUCACAUCACCUCUCCCUCCAACAGUCAUGGCAGCGGAUGUCAUUCAGUCGCAGUGGGCUUGCACCUGGAUCACGGUCCUCAGCAUACAGAUCGGCGGGAUCCCAAGACCGGAUGUCGAGUUUGAUGCUUUGGGCAAAAGGAUCGAAGCAGGAACGCCUCUACACAGUGGGACAUUGGAAGAGAGUCGGAUCAUCCAGAGGAAGGUCUAUGCACAGCUUGGAGUCUUGGUAUCGCUGCAGCAGUUGACACUUGGCAACAGUCCCAGUUCACGCAGUUUUAUUGUCGGCACAGGAGAGCAAGGUCCAGUUUACUACAAUCCUCUAUUCCAGACGAACUGCCUCGAAAUGAGUCUGGAGAGUGGUCUUGGGUUGCUUGGGGGUUUGACCGCGCUGCAAUCGCUGGACGUUUCUAGUAUGGCGCACAGGAUCGGCGAGGAUGAGCUGCGGUGGAUGGAGAGUCGAUGGCACAGCAUGAGAGAGUUGAUUGGGCUGAACCGGAAGAAGAUCGACGCGAUCUGGCUGAGCUUGUACGAUCCUGAUAUUGAAACAGUUCCCUGCGGACACAAGUUCGCCAUCGAUCCAUUGCUCUUCCAGUCAAUCCCAGAACUCGUCCAAGAGAUUGUCGAUAAUCUCGCCCUCCAUGACCUGACUCGACUCGUUCGCGUCAGCAAGGAGUGGUACUACGCAUAUACCCCACACAUAUGGCGAGAUAUCAAGAUAUUUGCAACACAACAGCAGUCCGCGUUCGUAGAACCAGCCGCUCAAGAAGCACUCAUCCGCAACCGCGACCUUGUGCGUCUCUUCUGGUGUCGCGCUUCUUCGUCUGUGAAUCCACUCGCUGCUGUUGGCAACACGUAUGGACAACAACCCCUGCGCCUGACGGAUAUCUGUUUUCAGACGGAUAUUUAUGACACCGAGGACCAGGAACCCUUGUUUGAGUGCUUGAUCGCUGUCCUGGAGCAGUGUCCCUUUCUCGUCGUUCUUGAUAUUCCCACCCCACCUCCUGCUGGCGUCGUUGUGGAGAAUCUGCUCAAGUGUAUUGCUCAGUCGUUGCCUCACCUUCGACGCUUGACACUGUUUACGGAGGAUGAGCCUUUCGUUCUACCUUAUGCCGUCAAGGAGUUCCUCGAAACUGUCUCUACAGAGCUGGAGUACCUGUCAAUGGGAAUCGAGUUCUGCCACGGCAAUAGCACUGUCAACGAUUUUUCCAUUGGUUCUGUCUGGGUUCUUGAGGGAUGUACGAAUCUGGAGGUCAUCGAUAACCAGAAGCAUCAGUCGGCGCCUUGGGAAAGUUGGGUCUGGAAUUAUCCGCCUCUCAUCGAUAUUUUGGAGUCUUUACUGGGUGUUCGAUGGAGGCAGUUCCAUGUGGGACAGGCGGCAAGUCCAAGAUCGGACGAGGGUAUUUCGAAAGCGAUUACGAGCAUUGUUUCUAGUACAGGCGUCGUCACUUCUACCACUUCCUCCUCAUCUUUGGUUCAGGAAGCUUGGUGCGGGAUUAAUAUCGACAAAUGUCCUUCGUCCAUGACCCUCACCAACGGAGCGAUUUUGUCGGCGGUAACAACACAGUCGCAUGGACCAUAUGUCAUACAUGUCGACAACAGUGACACGAUGAAGAGCGCGGACGUUCAAAUGAUCCUCCGUCAAGGCCGAUCUCUACGAUGCCUCUCAUCUCGUCUGCCUCCUACCAUCCUGGUCACAGACAUGAUUUCAUCCCCACCUUGGUCAUGUCGCUGGAUCACUUACCUCGGGAUCCAAAUCUCGGGUAUCCCGCGUCCAGAUAUUUACACCGACUAUAAGAACAGUCUCGCGCCUACACUUCUCGGCGUAUCGAUGAAGCAAAGCCGUGCAAUUCAACGACAGGUCUAUGCACAGCUCGGACAGCUGACCUUUUUACGAACCCUCAGUCUGGGCGCUGACAGUCCUGCGGCAGAGUUGUACGUCUCAACUGACAAGAACAGGACACCUGUGUUUUUCGACCGCCGAUUGCAAUUGAACUGUCUUGAGAUGACCUUAGAGAGUGGACUGGGAUUGUUGGCGGGGUUGCGGGAUUUAGAGUGGUUGACUGUUGCGAAUAUGGACCAUCGGAUUGGAGUUGCAGAGUUGCAGUGGAUGGAGAAGUCGUGGCCAAGUAUCAAGGAAGUGAAGGGUUUAGUGAGGUGUAGGAACGGGGAUAAGUUCCGGGGUGGGCGGACAGUGCCGUCGGGUUCGAUUGUUGCUCCCGGUAGGGCUUGUGGCUCCAAGGUUGAGGUCUUGGACUGCCCUGUCAAUUUUGCUAUUUCAUAG